AUGGACUCGAAGCACGAUGGGAACGCAAGCUACGAGAACUCAGCGUUGGAAUGUGUCCACGCUAUUGUGUACGUGGACGGGAGUCCACAAAGGCGCCAAUACAUUGAGUUCGCGAGUCCACCUCGCGACGCGUCGUCGAUUACAAGUCUUCCAGGACUCUCCUGGAAGCAUUUUCUACGUGACCUCAAGGGAGGCACGGUGGAACAAGUGUGUCUGGUCACCAACGAGGUGACCUAUGAGCCGAAUGAGGAGCGAAUGACGCGCCCUCGAAGUGCUGAGCAAAGUCAGCGCGCGAAGAAAGAUUUGCGUCACAAUCUUGGGAGGCUCUGCGCGAGUCUGGUAGCCCAGUUUACGACAUUGCACGAGAGUACGCCGACGUGUUCCCGGACAAGAUUCCGGCCGAACUCCCUGCCGAUCGUGGCGUGCGGCACGAGAUUGAUCUCGUGCCAGGAUCAAAAUAUUGUGUGA